AUGGAUCCAACCGAAGAGGAACUCAAUAACCUCAACACCUUGGAGAAUGCAGCCGACUGGGCAGGCACGACAGGUGCGGUCCACGACCAUCUCAUGGAGAAGUUGGGCAAACCGUCCAAGCUGCGGGACCUGGUGUUCAUUGCCCGUCCUGCGUGGGAUACGGUGGUAGCCAGCCUCACGAUCAAAGAGCCUCAAGCUGAUGGUACGGAGGCCGAGCGAGACUUGACCCCUGUGGAAUUUUCACGGGUCGAGAUCUUUCGCCGGGUGGUAUUCCUGAGGCUCAAGGUCAAUCCAGAUGGACCUGGUGGUGCAGGCCCUCCUCAGCCGAUUGUGGGAGCGGCCCCAUUCCCAGGCACUGGAGGGGGACAAGGGCCAUCAUCUCCGACAAGAAAGCUUAAACUGAGUAGCAUCGUAGAUCCCACACUCGAUGCAGAGAUCCUGCAAUUGGGCCAAGAAGAAAUUGCAGAGAUGUUCUCCAAGUACAAGUCCAAGUUCGGCGAUGUCCCGUCAGCAGACGUGGAACCCAGCGCUGAUCAAAUAUCAGCAAUCAAACAGCUCCUUACCAGCGGAGCUCUGCCGUACAUAGACAUGUCAAUCUUCGGGCCGCAUGCCAUCCGGUCGCUGCGCAGGAGUGUGUUCUCCUCCUACACCCUGAAUGCGGCGACUGGGGAGUGGUCGAAGAAAGAGAGCCCGGGUCCGGCUACUCUCCAACAAUGGGAGAAGAGCUUCAAGACCUACAAGGUGGCUAUGCUCUUGUUGGAGGCUGCAGAUGCCGAGAGACUGGAGGGCUACCUAGAACAUAAAAAGGACCUCCAUGCGCAGUUCGGACAGGAAGCAUGGGGCAUCAUAUACCGUGCAGACGUCAGGAUGAGAAGUGAGUUCCAAGAGCGGAUCCGCAGAGCCCUGGAUGAGGACCCAAAGUAUGGGUACACUAGGGCCUCUCCAUGGAGCUCAGUCUUUGCGGCAACGGUCAGGGAGUCGGACUUUUGGUCCAAAGAAGUGGCGACGCCAGCCACGCUCCUUCUGGCCCGCAACAAACAGCUGGCACCUGAAGAGAGCAGCUCUCAAGAGGGUCGCCCACAGAAGCGCAAGUCUCGGCAGCCAGAAGGCACGCAGAAGAAGAAGGCCAAGCGCAAGUACACAGGUGAGGAUAGAUCACGUUGGGACGCAGAACAGUCAAGGUAUUCCUUGAACCGAAAAGGGAUCCAGAUCUGCCAGAAGUACAACAGAGGCGCCUGCGGAAACGGGAAGCCGCAGUCACGAUGUGAGAACAAUCGUUCACAUCAAUGUGACAAGUCCCCUGGAGGCACUCAUCGGCCGGUGGUGAAGAGACCCAGGUUAGAAGCUGCCCCGAAAAGGGCGAGCCCAGAGAAGGAAGCCGCUUCACACCACAAGAGGCCGAGGCAAGACAGAGACCGGAAGGCACCAAACCCAAGAGAGGAGGAAGAACCCGGAAGCUCAAGUGACUCCAGCUCAUCGUCCACAUCAUCAUCCACUACGGUACAAGCAGGGAGAGAGAAGAUCCCAUCAAUGCCGCUGUACGUGGACUACAAGUAUGGGGCCACCAACCUGGACCCGCAGCUGUGGGAUGACAGGCCCAGGGCCCCCCUGCUCUUCUCAGGGCGCCCGAGGGAUGGAGACCUUACCUCCUAUCUUCAUCACAUGGGAUGGAUAGUGGUGGUGGUCGACAAGCAGGGGCCGACUGCGGCGGACCUUCUGGACACGGAGGUGUGUCGCAAGAUCUUCGCGGAUAUCAGGGCUGGCGUCUUCGACGUAGUGGGCAUGGCUACACCUUGCGAAACGGUGUCCCCACUGAGGGAGAAUCCGCCGGGCCGGAGACCACUCAGGUCCCUACAACAUCCGGAUGGGCUGCCUCUCAAAAGCCUUUCCUCAGAGGAGAGAAAGCAGCUCAAGGAGGCGAAUCAUCUCAUCGAAUUUUCCACACACGUGACGAGAGAAGUGAGGCGCAUCAGAGCGGCCUACUGGAUAGAAAAUCCAGAUCACAAGGAGUGGAGGACAGUCAGAGGAGAAAAGGAGCGAGCAUCCAAAGCUCUGAGUGAGUACCCGCCGGCCUUGAACAAGGCCUUGGCAGAGGCGAUGGAGAAGGCGGACCUUCCCCGCGUGAUGAAGCAUCGCGAGGGGUCGGGCGCUCCCCUAGGCUUCACCGAACCCAUUCCUUGUACGGGCAUAUUCCCCGUGGUUAAGGAGGUUGAAUGGGAAGCUGAGGCAGCAGAACAAUUACAAAGGAACAGAGGUGAAGUGGAUAGGAGGCCGGUCAUUGGACGAAGACAGCUACAAAGUCUAGCAGGCGCGUUGUCCUUCGUGGCGGGAUUGGUCCCUCUCAUGAGACCUUUCUUGAACUCCCUGUGGGCUGCACUGGCAACGAAUGACGGUCCGAAGCAGACCAGAAAUGUUGUCCAUGUGCGCCGCAUUGGGAUAGCCUUACAGUGGAUAGACGCCUUGCUGGGAGAAAAGGCAGCUCCGUUCACCAGGGUAGUGAGGGCUUUCAGGCAAGAGACAAAAUGCAUUAUUAUUACGGACGCAUCAACCAGAGGCUUGGGGGCUAUUAUGAUAGUUGGGGACAGACCAGUCGAGUUCUUCAGCACAAUCAUACCCCAAGAGUUCAUCGUUCGUACUGGUGCACAACCAGGGGACCCCAGCCACAUGGCGCUUUGGGAAUCCCUGUGCCUCUUACUAGCCGCAAGGACAUGGCUGAUAAGGUUUCCACUUGGGUCCAUCAUCCGUGUCAAGUCUGACAACAUAUCGGCCCUCCACAUGUUAGCAAAAGGCAAGGCCAAGUCGCCAGGCUUGGCUAUGAUCGCCAGAGAAAUAGCUUUAGAUCAGGCGAAGGGAAUAUACGAGUUCACAAUCCUUCAACAUCUGAACACCAAACUCAAUAAAGUAGCAGAUGCAUUGAGCCGGCAGUUUGAACCUUCCCCACCAUGUUUUCCGCACGAAGACCUGGGGGCUGCAUCACGCAUACCCAUCCAAGUGGAUUCUUCGUUUUGGCAUUUACCAAAGGGUAACGCCAGAUCUUUCAAAGGGGGGAAAAGUUGUUUGGGGGCAUAG